AUGUUGCAUCUAGCGUCGGAGCCGCAGAGGAAGAAGGGGCCAGCGGUGCCCGAGUACAGUCGCUUCCUGUUUGGUCUGGCACUGCUACUCACCAUCCUCUCUGACAGCUCCAUGAACAGUCAUUUCGCGGCACUCAGCACUAUCAUCACAGCCAACAGCGACCCGAGCGCGUUGCAGCAGCUGGCAACCUUUGCCGCCAUGGAAGACGUUGCGGAGGAGGAGCACCUCGAUUGGGGUUCCACUGGUCGACUUGUUCAUGCGCAGCCAACAUCGCUGGCGAAGCCGCGCAGCGCGGUACCGCCGAAUCCACUGGAGCUGGACAGCGUCUCUCCCCGGACACACCACCGCACCGACUCGGAUAAUAUGCUCAGCGAUAGUCACAGGUCGCUCACUGGCACCUCCACGGAUGAAACGGCCGGCAAGUCAUCUACUGCUUCAUCAUCUUUCUCUCGCCGCCGUCCCCAUCGCCGCCAUCACUGCCGCCGCAGUACUGCGAGCGGAGCCGUGUCUGACGUGCUGUCCAACGGUGAGGCUGCUGCGAAGCUAAGCGCGCCCCGUCCGGUCCACAGCUACGUGAUGUGGACAAAGUUCCACGUGAUGGAGCUCGCCAACAGUACGGGCUCAAACAACUUUGUCCACAUCACGGAACGCUUCUUGCAGUACCAGCGGAUGUUCCCCAUUAUCUAUCGGUGUGACCUGAGCAAAGUCGACUGCCCCUAUGAGGCAGACCUGCUGGCUUUCCCCAAGGUCGGUCUCGCAGCUUCCAGCCGGUGGGCUUGCGAGAGCUGCGGUAAAAGGCACAACGUCGUCUGCGAGAGUUGCCUGCGCUGUCGCACCCCGGGGCCGUACGCGAAGUUGCUCAUCGGCCAGGUAGUGAAGGCCGUUGGCUGCACUGAGAGCCUCGUGCGCUUCUUCUACGCCACUCACCCCGAUCUCAUGAUUCACCGCGCGGAGUGCCACUACGAUACGGACGGUGGCGUCGCGGGGGGUGGUAAGGGGUGUGCUUCCAUCUACAUUCGCCGCGAGGAUGCUGCGCCGCUUCAGCAGAAGCUACAUCACAACGCAUUCUUUGACGUGGACAGCGAGACGGAGGAGCUGCUAGUCUACUACGUGUACGCUGAGCAGCGGGAGUGGCUGCAGCGUUAUGUGCAGCAACGCAUCUCGACCGCGGAGCGGCGCCCUCUCUUUUUGCCUCUGUCGCCAUUGGUGGUAAAGGAGAGUACGCCUUGCGCGGCACCAGCGAGGCGUUGCAUCGGUCGCGGGCAGGGCCGCCAGCAUCAGGGGUGA